AUGAGUACAUUAGCAUAGUUAAUGGAAGUUAAAAGUGAAAAAUUGCUCAAGACUUAAGGAGAUUCAGAUGGAGUUAUUCCUGAUUCUGAUCAGGAAGAAAAAUUGAAUAGCCCAUACAAUAAAGAGACACCAAAAUCAACAAUAAGGCCUAAAAAACGCUUGAGAUUUAGUGGAAUGAAUUAAGUUUGCUAUUACUAAUAAGGAUCAAAAAGAGAUAUGUCACCUUCUCAAACAAGAUAAACUUUGAUAUCUACUCAUUCAAUACUGAAAAAUAAGGAAAGCCCAAUUUUUUUGAGAGAAAAUAAAUGA